AAGAAAGGCACAAGCGCGAGUGCAAGCAGAGACGCGAGGUAGCGGCAGAGGCGACAGGCAGCGGCCCCGCCCACGCCCCCCCCCCCCCCCGUAGCAGCAGCCGCGCUCCGUACGGCGCAAUGGAGAGGGCAGUGCCGGUGCGGAAGCCGCACACCUCCACGGCCGACCUGCUCACGUGGUCGGCCACGGGCCCCGACGUCGCUGCGGACGCCUCGCCGGCCGCCUCCUCCCGCCCGAGCCUCAAGCCGGCCGCGGGGAUCACGCCGGCGAUGUUCGGCGCUCCUGUGAGCGAUCUGGAGGCCGAGGAUCUGAGCAAGAGUGAAAGGAAAUUUUGCUCGGGCUUGAAAUUGAAAGAAAUGACUGGGAGUGGGAUUUUCGCUGCAAAGAGUGAAAAUGGUGAUUCAGAGGCUUCAAAUCCUGCUAACAAAACUUCCGUGAGGAUGUACCAGCAAACUGUGACUGGAAUAAGCCAAAUCUCAUUUAGUGCUGAAGGAAGUGUUUCUCCGAAGAAGCCAUCCUCGAUACCAGAGGUGGCUAAGCAGCGAGAGCUGAGUGGUACACUGGAAGAUGCUGAUGCUAAAAUCAAUAAGCAGCUUUCUGAAGCCAAGACCAAGGAGCUUAGCGGAAGCGACAUCUUUGGCCCACCUCCUGAGAUUCCUGCAAGGCCAUUGGCUGCUCGUAAUAUGGAGCUACAAGGAAAUGUGGAUUUUUCACUUCCACAGCCAAGAAACGUCCACACAUCGGUUAAAGUAUCCAAUCCUGCAGGGGGUCCAAGCAAUAUCUCGUUCGGCGAGGAUCCUGUAGUGAAGACAGCAAAGAAAAUCCACAACCAGAAGUUCCAAGAGCUGACAGGCAAUAACAUCUUCAAGGAGGAUGCCCCUGCCUCAGCUGAGAAGUCUCUGAGCUCGGCGAAGCUGAAGGAGAUGAGCGGCAGUGACAUCUUCGCUGAUGGAAAGGCAGCUUCCCGAGACUACCUUGGUGGUGUCCGGAAGCCCCCUGGUGGCGAGAGCAGCAUCACUCUGAUCUAAUUAUCGUAGACUGCUCUAAUCAGAACUUGGCUAGUUCCCCUUCGUCACCGAAGCAUGCGGUGUGUGCAUUUCUUGACCUCCCAGUUGAAUCAUGCUUGGGGAUCUUAAUUUAUGUUGGGUAUCUUUAGUCUAAUAUAAUGUAGAGUCAGUAGAAUCUGACUCGGCUCAUAUCUGAAGCACUUGUGACAUGGGCGUCAUCUCAUCUUUGGUUUGUGCUACCUGUUAUGUAUUAGUCCCACCGAACUGAACUUAUUCUCGUCUUUGGUUUGUGCUACUUGUUAUGUAUUAGUCCCACCGAACUGAACUUAUGCAUAAGUUUUUUGGACUUA